CAUCGCGAGUUUGCUCAAUUUCAAUGCGCAAUUUGCAACGACGAACUCGAUCCGAAAACAUGGCGUAGCCGCGUAGAUUACCCAUCGCCAAAAAAUGCUCCGGCCAUCCUCGAGGCUGAAAUAUUCGCCAAGUAUAUUCGAAACGAACGGAACUGUGCAGGGAAAUAAAACCUACCUAACCAGCAACUCGCUCGCGCCAACGAGCGUUCGCGUUCAUGUUUCAUAAAUGGCGCGCCAAGAUGGCGCGACCCCUGAACGGUCGGCAUUUUGGUCCACGGGCGUACCGGCAGAGUGCGUCUCCUUCGCUCUUUUAGUUCGCGCGAACGCCGCGCCUCUCGACGGUUUCGUGGCGCGUCUCUGGUAGAGGGAAACUGCGGAGGCAACGGUGGCCAACUACGGGCGAGUCCAUUCGCUCGCCAGAGGGGAGUAAGGCGGUCGAUCGGCGCGCGGACUCGGUUGGUGAAUUAUUUUAAGUUCGGGGGAAAGCGGGGAACCGAGCGAUCCUUAUUCCGCGAUGAAUUGGUCCUAUGACAUAAUCCCGUGCGAAUCGAGGGGUGAACUUGGCGAAUGAUGUGAUAAAAUGUGCGAGUGUUGUCGAAACGACGAUCCCGGCACCCCUCCGAGCUCGUUUGAGGUCGGCCGUGUUCGCGGCUGACCCGACAGUCUUCAAUCGGUCACCUGCAUGAGCGGACCAGUUUACCCGUAAGAUGUGUCAAGAUUCAUCACACAAGAGCAAUAAUCGUAGUUUCAUUGUGAACGAUUUUAAAGUGUGUUCGUCGAGAGGCAGUGCAGUUCUAGCCGGUCAGAUUGAAAUUAAAGUGAAAUUCAAGCGGCUGUCAGCAUCUCCAAUGUGAUUUGAGAUGAAACGAGCUCGUGGGGUGGACGAGGUAGCAUCGGCAGCAGCAGCAGCAGCAUUAAAACAUUCGUCGGGAGGCGGAGGAGGAGGAGGUAGCAUUGGAGCUGGGGGUGGCGUAGGAGUUGGGGGGGGCAUAGACUACCGUCCUACCACUGGUUUGGGAGUCGCAGUUGGGCCUGGUCAGCCUAUAAGACCUAUAACUACCAAGGAGAUGCCAGGAAGCGUUCAGUUUGGCGCCGUUCAGGCGCAACAACAAUAUACAGGAGCCAUAGUAAUGCCUACCGCUGCUCCUUCUACUGUCAAGGUGCAUUCGGGUAGUACAACGCCACCGACACCAACGGCUCCAGGAAGCAGCUUGAGCGGGGGAGCUGGAUCGCAGCAGUUUCAAAGGCUAAAAGUUGAAGAUGCCUUAUCUUACCUUGACCAAGUCAAGUACAAGUUCAAUAAUCAACCGCAGGUAUACAAUGAUUUUUUGGACAUCAUGAAGGAGUUCAAGUCCCAGAGUAUCGAUACACCAGGUGUUAUAACAAGGGUUAGCAACCUCUUUAAGGGACAUCCAGAACUCAUAGUCGGUUUCAAUACCUUUUUACCUCCGGGUUACAAGAUAGAAGUGCAAGCGAAUGAGCAGGGGUAUGCUUUUCAAGUGUCCGUUAGUAUGCCGAGUCCAACUGCUACGCAUACUGCAACUCUGUCUCAUCAUUGCACGGUAAACGUGGGUUCUCCACCUAUUGCCAGUCCACCUACUCAACCGGCCAAGGCCCCACCUGUCUUACAAAUAAUGCAGGGAUCUGGCAGCAUACACCAUUCACUUGGAAAUAAUAUUUCAACCAAUAGCUUGACGGUUCAUGCUCCAACUUCACCACCAGUCCAAUCGUACAAUAAUUCGCACAUUAGCGCAGCGCAGGCCCAGGCCGCUCAGGCAUUGAGUCAGGCCCAAGAUGGGACGCCGAACAGUGGCCAAACGCAGCAGAGUCAACCUGUUGAAUUCAAUCAUGCCAUUAAUUACGUGAACAAGAUAAAGAACCGAUUUCAAGGUCAGCCCGACAAAUACAAAAGAUUCCUAGAAAUUUUACAUACGUAUCAGAAGGAGCAGCGCAACUUGAAAGAAUCCGGCCACCUUGGAACCGGUGGUGGCACAGCUGUUGGAGGAAGUGGAAAGCAUCUAACAGAGGCGGAAGUCUACAGUCAAGUUGCUAAAUUGUUCGAGAAUCAAGAGGAUCUCCUCGCAGAGUUUGGACAGUUUCUUCCCGACGCAACUAAUCAACAAAGUCCCCUGUCUGCUAUGUUCCAGAGUAACAAAGGUGGAGCGGUUAACGAUCAUUCUGCGAUCGUUAAAAAACCGCUAGGCUUGAAGGCGCUUUAUAAUAAUUCUGGAAACAUACCGAGAGAGCACAGGGAGACGGGAAACUUGGGUGGAUUAGAAAGGGAUAAUCGAGAUCAUCGAGAGAGGGAUAGAGAGAGACCGGGUGCUAGAGAUUUGAACAGUGGUCAAAAGUUUGGUCACAGCGCUGGCCAGCUAAAAAGAAGUCCGUCCUUUUCCACUUCCGGGUCAACAGGGAACUCUCACCAUUCACAACACGGACAGCCUCCGUCUAAAAAGCACAAAAUGGCGACGCUCAGAGAUGUGACUUUUGCCGAUGCCGGCAAAUAUGGGAGUCUGAACGACUAUGCCUUUUUCGAUAAAGUGCGCAAGGCUCUGAGAUCGCAAGAAGUCUAUGAAAAUUUCUUACGCUGUUUGGUUCUGUUCAACCAAGAGAUUGUCUCAAAAACAGAACUAGUACAACUGGUAACACCUUUCCUGGGCAGGUUCCCAGAGCUCUUACGAUGGUUCAAAGACUUUUUGGGACACUCUUCGGAUUCUUCCACUUCUACAUCGGUUACAACGUGCGGCUUGAACAUAGAAACACUACCCAACAACGUUGUGAGAAGUCACCAAGAACGACCGCAAGGAGAUUUGGCAAUGGAAAUCGACUACUCAACUUGCAAACGACUCGGAGCGUCUUACUGCGCAUUACCCAAGUCUUACAUGCAACCAAAAUGCACCGGAAGAACGCAGCUAUGUAAAGAGGUGCUCAACGACACCUGGGUCUCUUUUCCUACGUGGUCCGAAGACAGUACCUUCGUUACUUCCAGAAAAACUCAGUACGAAGAGUUUAUUUACCGCUGCGAGGAUGAACGGUUCGAGCUGGACGGUGUUAUAGAAACUAACGCGGCAACAAUUCGAGUUCUCGAAGGGGUGCACAAAAAAAUGAAUAGAAUGAGCUCAGAAGAGAUUCAAAAGUUCAGAUUAGACGAGUGUCUCGGGGGAUGUUCGCCGACGAUACACCAGCGAGCGCUUAGAAGGAUAUACGGAGACAAGGCUGGAGAUAUUAUCGACGGGUUGAAAAAGAACCCCGUCGUCGCGGUGCCUGUUGUCCUCAGGAGGCUUAAGAGCAAGGAGGAAGAGUGGAGGGAAGCACAAAAAGGAUUUAACAAAAUCUGGAGAGAACAAAACGAAAAGUACUAUUUGAAAUCCCUGGACCACCAGGGUAUCAAUUUUAAACAAAAUGACGUAAAAGCUCUCCGCUCGAAAAGUUUGUUCAAUGAAAUUGAAACGCUGUACGAUGAGAGGCACGAGCAAGCAGAUGACGGGACUGGGGAGGGCCAAGCGGGUGGCGGUGGUCCGCAUUUAGUAUUAGCAUACAAAGACAAGUCUGUGCUAGACGAUGCCGCAAAUCUUUUGAUUCAUCACGUUAAAAGACAGACCGCUAUUCACAAGGAGGACAAACAGCAGAUCAAGUCACUUCUGAAGCAUUUCAUCCCUGACCUAUUUUUCCAUCCUAGACAAGAACUAAGUGACGACGAGCGGGACGAUGAUGAUGACAAAGAGGAUUUAGACUUACCAGCGAGUAGCACCAGCCAAAUAACACCAUCAACGAUUACUUCUGGCGGCCUUCAUGGAAGCAGAAACAAAGCUGCUUCGUCCCCUAAUCUACCCUUAAUACCUGUAAAAACUGAACCGGACCUUAAGCCCCCUUCCCAUGCCUUGUCCGUCGACCCGGAAGAAGCAUAUACGCUCUUCAUGGGCAGCAACAACUGGUAUCUGUUUUUGAGGUUACAUCAAAUACUGUGCGAGAGGUUAACGAAGAUGUAUGAAAAAGCCGUCGCCUUGGCGGAUGAGGAGUCCAGAUACAAACAACAACGGAAGGAGAGCACAGCUGUUGCGUUGAGAUUAAAACCAAAAAGCGAAAUAGAGAUAGAGGAUUAUUACCCCGCCUUUCUGGAUAUGGUGAAAAAUGUUCUCGACGGCAACAUGGAAAGCACCGCAUACGAAGAUGCACUUCGCGAGAUGUUUGGGAUUCACGCCUAUAUCGCUUUUACUCUGGACAAAGUGGUCACGUACGCUGUGAGACAAUUGCAGCAUCUGGUGUCUGAUCCAACUUGCCAGCAGUGCAUGGAAUUGUUUCAACGAGAGCAGAGACAGCCAAAGGACAGUAGCGGAGCUGGAGGCUUGUGUGCUACGGCGUAUCUAAGGCUAGGGUCAGAAAUUGCCUACCAGCGUAAAGCAGAGAGAGUUAUGACUGAUGAGAACUGUUUCAAAAUACAUAUUUAUAAAAAAGACUGCAAAAUAACCAUGGAGCUGCUGGAUACAGAAAGUGACGAUACCACAGAGGGUGGAUGCAGGGAUAGAGAGAGCGAGAGAGAGCGACAGAGAGAGGGUAUAAGCGCGACGGAAAAAUGGUCUACGUAUGUUGAGAGGUACUCUGCUCCUCUUGGCCAGACUAGUCCGAAGGAUAUUCCAACCUCCGUAGAUGACACGCCAACCAAUCAUCUUGUGAGUAGCGACCAGGCAGGAAGGGGGGGCAGGGGCAGAAAGCGCAAGAACGCUGAUAUUAACAAGAAGAUGGAAGGAAGCAGUUGGCGCUCAUUUGACAGACUGUUGGCAGGCCGUAAGCCAGUAUUUUUAUGCCGCAAUGUCAGGCAGUGGCGAAAACGAGUAUCUAGGAUGGCCAGGUCGCCCUCGGCAAAUGCCUCUCAUCCGGACAAACCACCAGAGUCAACGGCAGCUGGCGUUAAAACACUCCACGCUACACCUGGGCUCUUAGAGAGGCCCCCGCCCCUCAGAAUGACAGACGCAGGAGAUAGUGGCGAUAUAAUCAACACCGAUGAAACUCAGUGUCGAUUCAAUCCGAACAGUUACAAGAUGCUCUACGUCGCCAGCAAAGAAGCUUUCCUCUAUAAACCGAAUUCUUUCACCAGAGCAAGAGUGUGUCAUCCAGCGGUAACGAAGCGGUUGAACUCAAAGUUCCAUCAGUGGCUCUCGAGUUGGGCGACGCAGAACGUAGCGAAUACGCAGCAUCGUUUGUGUCAAGACUGGUUAAUGGGUCGUUAUGAGAAUUUAAUUCCACACAGGACACGUGUAGUGACCGACAACGAUCAAUCUCGUUCUCCUUAUCGGCAGUACAAUCGAUAUCGGAUAGAACGUUUAAAGUCUGAGACUUCGACCGAACUGUGUGCAUAGCCCCCCCCUCCUUCCCCCCAAAUGUGAAUACAUUGAAAAAAAUGAAAAGAAACAAACAAACAUUUAUAACGAACGAGAGUGAACUCAGUGAAUUAGUGUGAAUACAAAACUUAAGGUUGUGUUCUUAGUUAGAAUAUAGGUUUUACUUUUAUACACACAUUAUUAAAAAGUGAUUAAUGAUUUUAACCACAGACGGCGUUUGAUACGGUUGUGAUCUUUUGAGCUAUCGUCGAGAGGUACGGAUGAGACCCAUGAUAUUCGAUAUAUUUAACAAAUCCCUGGCUUAGACGCAAGUCUGUAAUUCUGGAUGGACGUUGUCUAGAAGCAAGCGAUUUAGAGAAAUGUGUAUUUGUGCAAAGAUCAAAAACUACUGAUCGUUUGCUACGUCAGAAAGAUCUUCAGAUUUCAUUUGGAAUUAUUUAUGCAGAGUAUUCAAUUUUUUUACAAAUUGUCAUUGUAUAAUAAAUACAGAGAGGGUCGUAGCUACUAGUUAAUAAACUGAUACUGUUGAUUUUUCAAAACAA